AUGGAAUUCACAUGGCUGUACUCCCUGUGCCAGUGUAUCCUAUCUGUAUCUGUUAUAGUGGUGAGUGUGAGAUUGUGUAUGGCAGUCAGUGGCAGCCAUACCGCGCACAUAAAGGAGGGAACCCAGGGUGCCGGACCCCAACCCGGGAGCGUCUCAUGCUGUCUUCGACUUUGCCUGGGCUGGGUGGGGGCUAUAGGGGGUGCAGUGGAAGUUCCUGUAACUGUGUUACUCAACCUGCGAACCCCCCAGUGUCUGUACACCUGCAUAACCAUGGUGUGUAGCCCCCUGCUGGUCAGGCAGUUUACCAUGUUCCUGUUCAUGCUGCUUACACUGGACACCCACCUGCAGCAUCACUUAGCAGACAGGUACUCCUCAGUGGUGACCCGUCAGCGAGCUCUUUGUGUGGUCCUGCUGUGCUGGGUGGGAUCUGUCCUGUCUUCCUUUGCGCAGUUCAUCGGCUUGGAUUUCCUCGACACCUGGAGAAGUGGUGGUACGGGCCUCGGGCUGGGUGGCAACUGGACGACCUCUUUACCCAACUUUACCCCUUCCCUGCCCCCUAAGUACCAUCAUGACCGCAAAAUCAUUGGGAAGUACCUUCCUUAUGGAGGCUUCCUGUCCAAAUUUUAUGUGGAGGACAUGCACAACUUCACCUACGCUGAGAUUCACAGCAGCCACUGGGGAGUGUGCGCCCCUGACACUAUUCUCAGUCCCCAGUUUCUAGUCUAUGUUUAUGGGAUGACAGUGUUCGUUCUCCCCUUGCUUUGCCUGCUGGCCAUUUAUCUUGACCUACUAUGCAUGAAGCCCAGGAAGACUCCUUUUAGUCAUGCAAACCCUCCUAAACAUGACUCGUGCCGGGUCCGUUCCCUGGCUCUGUCUCUCUCCCUUUUAGUUCUGUUGUGCCUGCCUGUCCACAUCAUCCAUGCUCUCUUGCUUUUCACCCCUAGCGCCAAUCUUCCUGCCUGGGUUCAUGCAGUUGCCCUGUUUCUCUUCCAGCUGUACAGUCUUGUGCCCCAGAUUCUCUUCACUCCUCCUAGGAAACAAGUGGGGAAAGAGCGGGCAACCUUUCCUCUUUCUCUUCCCAACCUUCCACCUGCAGUAGCCCCGUCCAGAGGAAAAUCUGUCCAUUUGACCCUGUGUGAAGCAGUGCAGGCAGCUCCAUGGUCUUCAGCCAAACACUCCAUUAAAGCCAAAGUAUGCCCAGAGGUCUGA